AUGGAUCAAGUCGAAGAGAGAUUAAUCGAGGUCAGGAGGUACGAGCACCUCUACAACUCGUCGUCGAAAAAUUAUAAAGACUCCCAAAUGGCCAAUAACUCCUGGCGGGAAAUUUCGAACAAUACGGGGGUGGCGGUCGUGGACUGCAUGAAGAGGUGGAAGAACCUCCGCGACAAAUAUUUCCGGCUGCGGAAAAAACAUUCAAGAAGAAGCGGCGACCCAGGCGGCCAAAAAGUGCCCGCAUUUUACCAUUUCCUAUCGUGGCUGGCUCCGCACGUGAAGCACCGCGAGACGGAGUCGAAUUUUGAUUCAAAGACCAGUUCAGCAGAGAGCACGCCGUCCAGUUGGGCAGAGAGGAUGCCGUCCAGUUCGGCAGGGAGCACGCCGUCCAGUUCGGCAGGGAGCACGCCGUCCAGUUCGGCCGCUUCUUCAUCAGCACCAUCACCCGCCGAGCCCCCCCGAUCUGCCACCCCGGAAUUACCGUCUACCCCUCAACCUGUUAUCUGCCCGCCGGCUUCUGUCCCCAUUGAGUCCCCAGUGUCUCGAAAAAGAAAGAGGGACCAGGACCACAACUGGAUUUUAAAGCGAGUCGAGAACAUUGACGAGCGUCGUCUGGAGGUACAGCAGAGGCUUCUGCAGGGGGGUGACGAGUACUCCAGGUUCGGACAAACUGUGGCCGACAUGAUCAAGAGACUGCCAGAGGACAGAAGGUCCGACGUCAUGUGCGAGGUAUACAUCCACACUCGAGAGAAGAACCUCAUCCACACUCGAGAGAAGAACUAG